AUGCCUGCGAUAGACACCCCGAAGCUCUACCGGGCCAGCAAGGCGAAAACGCUGAACGUGCUGGCCCAGCCGUUCAAGGUGGUGCACCAGCGGGUGUCUGUCGACGUCGACCUCGCCAACCAGGCCAUCGCCGGCACCACCGAGGUCGUGAUUGUCCCUUAUACCGACAAGCUUAAAGUGGUCAAGUUUGACUGUCGAGAGAUGGCCAUUGAGGAAGUCACUGUCAACAACGGCAAGCCGUGCAAUUUUAUCUAUGAUGACGACCUCUACAUCAACGACGAGAGCUACUUUGAGGCCCUGGUGGAACGAGGCACCGUCAACCUAUUUGACCUCUACCUGGAGGAUUUCACCAUCCACCACAGCCAUUUGCUCCGCCGCAAGCUUGCCAAAGUGUUUGGCGAGGUCAAUUUCGAUCCCCGGGAGCUCCAGCAGCACCAGCAACAACUCACUCAACAAUUGCUUACUCAGGAGACACCGCUGGCACAACAGCAGCAACAGGUCCAGCUCCAGCUCCAGCAACAACAGCAGCAUUUCCUUUCCCAGUAUACUACUGCCCAUACUAAUACUGAGGAGCUCGCGGUGUUCCUCCCCGAUCUGCUUCGGUUUGAGCUUGCCGACUCGUCGCUGACGCCGAUGCUGGUAGCGGGGACGACGCCGAUGAAAAAGAACACCCAUAACGAUAGCUACGCCCCUAUCACCAUCCGCAUUCGCUUCAGUCUCGUCAACCCUAAGAACGGGGUGAUAUUCGCUACUUCCGACCCCGACCCCAGCCGCUGGCACUGCUACACCACCAACACCGAUUUUAAUGUGAGCACCUCGCUGUGGGUUCCCUGCAUCGACAACUUGUGGGAGCGGUGUACGUGGCUGGUGGAGCUCAGCGUGCCGCGAAGUCUACGCCAGGACGACGAGGCCAAAGACGACGACGACGACGAAGAAUCCGGCGAUCUGGACGUGGUGGUGUGCUGUGGUGAUGCUAAUAACGUUAAAGAAACCCCGCACCCGCUGGAUCCGGCGAAGAAGAUCGUGCUGUGGCUGGUGUUUAACCCCGUGUGUGCUCAACACUUAGGGUGGGCCUAUGGUUGUUUUUCCAGCUUUGUCCUUAAAACUGAGGAAGCCCCCGAGCCCGUUGAAGAAGCAGUGAUUGACGACGACAGCGACGAUGACGACGAAGGCCGCAAAGUCGAGGCGGUGCUGAUUCCGGUGACGGUAUAUUGUCUUGCCCAUCAACUAGAAUGGGCGCGCAAUACCUGUGUGGUACUGAACCGAGCCCUUGAUUACUUCUCUCGAGAAUUUGGCUCAUUCCCAUUUUCGCUGUACCUGAUUGUGUUUGUCGACCACUCACCCGAACCUGCCCAUAAUUUCGCUGGUCUCUCGGUGAUGAGCACCGAUGUGCUUUACCCUAGCGACGUCAUUGAACCGAUGCUCGAGCUGACAGAAGCGGUGGUUGAAGCGAUUGCCACUCAGUGGCUGGGGAUCAAUAUUGUCCCCCACUCAUUUAAUGACUUAUGGUGUACGGUGGGUAUCGCUCGCUACAUGAUGCUUCAAUACCUCAAAGUACUCAUGGGUAAUAACGAGUACAAGUUCCGGGUGAAGAUGGCGGUGGAGGAAAUCUGUGCCAAGGACGUCAACCGCAAGCCGUUGGCGCUCCAGUUUUUCCGGUUCCCCGUGCGGAUGAGUAAUGAGGACCUCUGGUUUAUCCGCCUCAAAGCUCCCAUCGUCAUGGUAUGUCUUGACCGCCGAAUGACUAAGACCGAUAAACUGUUUGGUCUUAGUCGAGUGCUUCCAAAGUUAUUCUUACAGGCGAUGCUGGGAGAUUUGGUGAACGGCUCAGUGCUGACACAGCAUUUCCAGUAUGUGUGUGAGAAAGUCAACCGGACCAAUAAGCUCGAAGGGUUCUUUAAACAGUGGAUAUACGGGGCGGGGACGCCGCGUUUUUAUGUCACCCAACGGUUCAACAAGAAACGGUUCCUUAUUGAAAUGAAUAUCCGUCAAGUACAAACGAAAGAAGUGAGCAAGUACAAACCGACGCCGCAGAACUUUGUUGCCGACGGGCUUGCUUACCUUGACGAUGAGCCCCAAUUUCCUACCCAGGCAGUGUUCACUGGGCCCAUGACCAUCAGAGUCCACGAACAGGACGGUACUCCCUACGAACACAUUGUCGAUUUAAAGGAAGCUAAUACCCGCAUCGAUAUCCAGUACAACACCAAGAUGCGGCGGAAGAUGAAGCUGAGGAAGAAAGGUGACGAUGACGAAGAAGAAGAAGCGCCACCGCCUCAGUACGGGGCCCAAUUUACUCCCUUGGGUAGUCAAGUGUUACAAUCCCCGCAAGAGAUGGCGGAGUGGGGGUUUGAAAAUUGGACCAAGACCGAAGAGGAAGUGUUUGAUAAUGCGUUUGAGUGGGUCCGUGUAGACGCUGACCUCGAGUGGAUCGCUCAGUUUGAAAUCAAGAAGCCCGAUUAUAUGUACGGUGCCCAGCUUUCGUACGAUCGCGACGUCGAGGCCCAGUAUGAUGCUAUUCGCUACUUCUCGCACUCGCAACGGCCGCUGCCUCAAGUGUACGCCCUGCUUACGCGUACGUUGAUGGAUGAUGCUUACUAUUACGGGGUGAGAAUUGCUGCUGCUCGUGCUCUCGUAGCAAUCUCCAACGAAGGCAACCAAUUCCUCGGAGUGGGGUACAUGAUAAACGCCUACAAAGCGAUGUUCUGCUACCCCGGGUCGCUGAUCCCCAAGCUGAACGAUUUCACCGAUUUCCCCCGGUUCUUCGUCCAACUGCGGCUCCCGCAAAUUCUUGCCAGUGUUCGCACCGACGCCGGCGAAGUGCCCAAGCCAAUCCGCAAUCUUUUGUACAACUUGGUCAAGUACAACGACAACAGUAACAACCCGUUCCUGGACCUGUUUUACGUCACUGAGCUUCUCGCCGCCCUUACGCAACUGGCAUUCCCGCCAGCGCUGCCCGACGCCCACGAUACCCUCAAAUGGCUCACUGAACCCACCCCCGGGAUCAUCCUGAAGGACCACGAACAAUUUGUCGCUAAUGUCGACACUGAGAUUGUCCGUUUACAAAAGCUUGACGAAUGGAUUCCGCUGUUCCACCACGUGAUGCUGGCGCAGUGUCUCCGCCAACGGGUGGAGCUUGCGGUGAGGGGGCUUGUGUCUUUGUCGAUUGAAGAUCUCUUGUUCUACACGCCGGCCAAGUACCCGGCGCCGGUGCGGAUCGAGGCGUGGCGAGGCGUGUUUCUCUUGGGCGGGCUCAAGAACGCCGCCGUGCUCAACUACUUCUGCAAGUGUGUGCUUCUCGCCUCCGACGCCAACGCCACCACCAACCGCCAAUUCCAGACGGAGCUUGUCGAAGGGCUUUUGAAAGCUAUCGCCAUCGCCGCUAUCGACGGCACGCGGCUGACGCUCGAUGACCCCGAGUUUGGCACGUUAACCAAGCUUGCCCUGGCACCGAAGACUACAACCGAAGUGCUGGACCUGGUGGUGAUUGACGACGGCCUGGCCGCGGCCAAAGGGUCGCGUCGGCGUGAUGAAUUGGCUCGCGCUCUGAUCAAAGGGGUAAUCAACAUGCUUCGCCGCGACUAUGGUCCUGGCUUAGGACUUCGCCACACGCUCUGGGAGCUUGUCCACUCGUCGCUCAUGCCUCUUCAUUUGCGCAGAGACGUGCUCAACAUGUGCCAGCUUCUCUACCCGGCUCACGAAGACUAUAUCGUCCGUCUUCCUGUGCCCCUGAUGCCGGUGAGCGAGUUUAAGAAGAAGAUUGUGGCCCGUAACUUGGGCGAUGGCCAGGUGGUGAUUAAGCGUGAAGGCAGAUUCAAGAUCCAAUUCUUACUGCGUAAACCGAUCUCGACGCUGACUAUCAAGCUUCGCGGGAGUCUGACCCCUUCGGGUGGUGUUGCCACAUCCACUGCUCCUCCUCAGCCUACGUUAUCGCGUGAAGAGAGAGCUCUGCUUCGUGAAGCUCACUUGAAUCGCCAGGCUCCUCAAGCCAUCGCUGCCGUUGGUCCAAGAAAGGUAGCAGUGAACGGUACCACGGUAUCGUUUAGACUUACUCGGGACCAAUUAAAAACUGUAACGCCGCAAUCUGGCGUGGCGGUGAGUCGAGUCGACCCGACGACCGUUCUGUUUAAGUUUCAAGGUAAACUGGCUCAGUUGUUUAAAAAGAGGGUGACGCCACGAUUGGUUCGCAUCAACUUGAAGCAAGGAACUGUGGAGGUGAAGAGAGCAACCAGUGAGGAGAUCCAGGACGGAAUCAAAUCUAAUGGUGAUGCCAUCGACCAUAGGUCUGGUGACGCAAAUGGUGAGGUUGGUGAAGUGGGUGAAACUGAACAAACACAACCGAAUGGUGAAGCUGACAAAGUUAAUGAAGAGAAUGCUAAUGGUGAUGGUGUUAAGGAAAUCAGUGAUGCCGGUGACGCUGGUAACAACGAUACAAACGAGCUUGACAACGGUGCCAAUGGUGAUGUGGAUGAAGAUAUUGCUAUGACCGAAGCUGUUGGUGAAACUAAAGACGUUGACGAACCUCUGAAGUCUAAUACUGAUCAACCAGCUCAGAAUGGCAAUGAUGUCGAUGACAAUGGCAAUGAUGUCGAUGACAACGGCGAUGUUGAGAUGAAGGAUGAGCAAACAGCUCACGACGAUGCUGACAACGGUGAGGUACAGGAAAAGUCGCCUAAAGAUGGUCCGUCGGGAAGCAAACCGAAAAUCACGUUGAAAUUCAACCUCAAAUAG